AUGAGCUGGGGAUGGAGGAAGAUCUUAUCUCUUCGCAGUGUUGUCAGGCCUUUUAUUUGGAAGGUUGUUCGAAGUGGUGCUCAAACGAAUGCAUGGUGGGAUAAUUGGUGUCAAUUAAGUCCGCUAAGCUCAUUUAUUACACCCCGAAGAAUUACUAAUGCAGGGUUCAACCUCUCGUCUUCUCUUUCGGAUUUAGUUGAUGAAAACGGAAACUGGAAGUGGCCUCAAGCAUGGUAUGAUUUGUACCCGAUUUUAAUUGGAUUAAAUGCUCCUCACUUGACGCAAAAUAUGGUGGACCGUACAGUUUGGAAAGAUUUGGAUGGGAACUCAUGCUCAUUUCGGUCAUCAGAAGUGUGGCACUCCAUUCGGUGUAGGCAGAAUCCGGUCUUGUGGGUUGAUGGGGUAUGGUUUUCUCAAUGCAUUCCAAGACAUUCCUUUCACUUAUGGUUGGUCAUAAAGAAUAAACUUAAAACUCAAGACAGGCUUGCUGCUUGGGAGGUGGGAAGUGUAACGAAUUUAAACCUCAUGUGUUGUCCACUUUGUAGAAUCAAUCGGGACUCUAGAGAUCAUUUGUUUUUUCAGUGUUCGUUUGCUUCAAAGGUGUGGAACAAAGUUAAGUGUAUGAUUCAAAUGGAUAACGUUGAUAGCACUUGGCAAUCGAUUAUGUCCUGGAUGGAACAAAAUGCAAGCUCGAAGAAGACGGAGCAUAUUAUAUGCAAGCUGGUUAUUGCGGCUUCGGCUUAUUUUAUAUCGCAAGAGAGAAAUAACUGUUUAUUUUCCAAUGUAUCUGCUGAUCAGAAUGCGGUGAUUCAGAGGAUUAAGAAAACUGUCCAUUUACGUUUAAUGGGUUUCAAAUUUAGAAGACAAUCGAGUAUUGAGAGCCUGCUGAGGACGUGGAAGAUCGGUUCUGAUGAGGAGGCUAAUGAUCCGAGCUAG